CGCGUCACGAGCAGAGGUGUGCCGUCCGUUGUGUUACUUCGCGCCGCGCUUUCGCGUAUCUCGAUCCCUCCGUGCUAUUUCACUCGGACUAUAUUUCAGGAGUAACAAGUUUCGAAUAAACCGCAAUUGGCCCGUUUCGUUGUAUCGUCAUUUUCCUUUUUUCUUAUCUCAGCUCUUAUUUUUCCUCUUCACUUUGUUAUCCUUCGUUGCGACUAUUGAAAAACGGUGCAACGUUCGCUCAUUCGGGAAAUUGACCAGCUUUCAUCAUGCCACGAAUCAAAGUUUUUGAAAUGUAACCAGAACGUAAAUUCGCCAACGAGACCAAGAAAAAACAUGUGAUUCUGCGGAAAAACUAUUUGACCCUUCCAAGUGCGUCAAGACGAAAAGACCGGAGGGAAAAACGAGGGAACUUACUCAAUUCAACUGUGCAAAACUUCACGCGCUUGAAUUCAGCACUCAUCGAACGGAUGGAAUAAUCGGGAAGUCACGAAAUCUUCUGAUUUUUAGUGAUUUUGAGCCGAAUACUGCGUGAUUACAGAGUGCAUCGCGCAGUUUUUUCGUCUCCUCUAAUCGUGCAGUCCUCAAUCGUCAAUAAAUCGAAUCUGCGGAGUAACAUCAACAGCCAUGUGAUUUUUAAGGAUUGUGAUCACAGUGAAAAAACAUGAGCAGGAUUUUAUUCGUUCAGUGAUCUCGUAAUAUCGCGAAGAGAAUAAAGUUUGAUAGAAAUGACGCGAUUAGCGAGAAGUUCAGGGAGUAGAAUGUUACGACGAAUCAUAACAAAUUUGACGACAACCGCGAGUAUAGUGGUUGUGACCGCUGGAGCAGCGAGUAUAUCGCCAACGGAUCCAUCGAUCGAAGAGAGAUCGAGCCAGGACCCUCUAAUCCCGUCACCCUCGCCACCAACCAUGCUGGCUCUCGCGAUUACCGAUAGCGUGACAAUUCCGGCUAAUCCGUCCAUGGCCUUAACCAGUCCCGUGGUUACGACCACGGCUAAGCCCGACCAGCACGUCUACAAUUCCACGGGCUGUCUUGUCGAGCAGGAUGAAAUCGAAUACAGUAUAGUAGAAGCUUUCUGCGACAUGCAAACCGUUUUUCUCGCUUGCAUCGCGACCCUUCUCCCUUUGAUCGUCGCUCUUGCAAUUGGAUUUGGCGUGAGACACGCGUGGAGAAAAUAUCGCAACAGAAGGAACAGCUCGAGCGGACUGCCAUGGUACAGAGGUGUCUGUUCACGAGACGAUACGGCCGAAUCCCUCCGCCAUCGACCCCACUCCAGGAGCGACAGUAUUCAACCGACAAGAAUCCUCUCUGUACAAGACUUGGUCAACGGUCUCGAUGGUCCAAGGUACAUUUGUGAGACCGAGGUAAUGGAUGAAGUGGCACUCGUCGGAGCCGCGACGAGCAACGUCGCCGAGUACGCAUCCCCCGGGAAUCAUACCAGCAAAAAUGCCAACGGCAACAUUAUCACCCUCACGCUUAAGAACAACCACAUCAUCGUUGAGACCGAGGAACGGGCUGUAACGAUGGAAAGUAACAACAAGUAUCAAGACAACAAUUGUUCUUUUGUCGUGGAGGCCCAGACAGAAUAUCGAAACACAACGGGUCGCGUCACCGAUCAACAGGCUCUUGUGCAUCGCGAAGAAAUCCCAGAGGAUCAUUGUUCGGACUUCGACAAGACGAAAUUUUUCGGUAGCACGAAUACCGGUCUUUCCCAAUCGGAUCUCUCGAUAUCGAGCCAAGGUUCGAUAAAUCACAGUUAUCGUUACGGAAAUCAAGUCGAGUACGAGGUGGCGGGUCAGUUUGGUUAUUCAACGUACGUAAACGGACUCGGUGAUUACGAGUCCGACACGACUUCGCGAAGACUCGAGGGUGGCUCCAAGUGGGUGGAAAUUGAAUAUUCUCCUGACACCGAGAAGACCCUUCUCAACGAGUCGAAAGCUUCGAGCAUCGAGAAAUGGGUCGAAGCUGAUUAUUCUUCCGAUAAUGAUAAAGCUAUGCUAAACGAUACGAAAAACUUGAGUUUGGAUAAGCAGGACGUUAACGAGCAGACAUCCUUGAUAGACAAACGGAACAACGUUGAUUUAUCGCAAGAUUCUGGCUCGUCUUUGGAGCACCAAGAUUCGACAGACGCGAGUAACUCCACCGACACCGUGAGAUCAAAUCCAAACCUCCAGAUGAACGGUACAACAGCGAACAAGCUGGAAUCGAUGGAGUGCAAAAGUCUGACGAAUGAAUUGAUGGAGAAAAGCUUAGAAUCGAACAAACCAGUGAUAACGGGAGUUUUGCUGAAAGAGGAGACGCUGGAAGACACGCUGCAGGAACAACAGAGAAAAUUGGGCAACGGUACAUUGACACCGGAGCACAAGAUGAACGAGGAUACACCGACGAUUAAUCAAGAUAUAAAAACAAUAAAGAAACAAAAAUCCGAAGGGACGAGCACGUUCGUACCGACUCACAAACGCAGUGGGAGCAUACCGCCCCGAUUAAUCGAGGAAAGUCUCGAGAUCGAUCGCAAAAAGUCACUCGAUAUUUACAGUCAAAUAAAAACGAGUACGAAGAGCAUUCUGCCCGGUCUCAGUCCGAAAUUCGAACUUCUCCAAAACGAGGUUAGCCCCAUCGAAGAAAAAGAGAGUUAAUCUAACGAAAUGUCUUCUUUUUAUUAACCAACAACUAAAACGCAUCGUUCAUCUCGCUGAUUCAUUCGAAGGCAUCCCUUGUUUCGUAUCGACGGACCAAAUAUUCAGCGACUACGCAUAUUCUCGAUUGUACUGUAUCUCGUAGAAGAGAAACUCGAUUAACGGAAAUUGUCCAAUUUCAUUCGCACACGAUACUUCGUCGUUCUUUGUCGUUUCAACUAUCCGAUAAGUUUUUAGUAGUUUUUUAUAUUCAUUGAAUCCGUAUUCCCGCAGAUUCAUCAGACACUUUACUCCAAAAUAUUGAAUUUAUGAAAAAUCUUGUUGCUCCAUUUUUUAACCAUCCAGUCAAUUGGCAAAACUCCAAUCUGCAGAAUUCUCUUGACACUCUGGAAAAAAGUCCUCGACCCUGGUCAGCAUUCCCAGCCACGUUUGUGGCAGUCUAGAGCAGCAGCUCAGUUUUUCAUAUUUCGAAUUUCUCUUUUCCCGCCUCAACGAUUUCCACCACAGUAACAAUCUGGAGGGAAUUUUCGAAAAGCAAAUUCAAAAAAAACCCUCAUCGAGGUCAUUGAGUUCUCAGUUUUUUACUAUUUCCUUCCAAACCCAUGGAAAAGUCAUGAUUUUCAAAACGAAACGUUUUUUUCCAACAAUAAGUUCUCAACACCAUCAGUUUUUAGGAAUCGAUUUUUGAGUCCCAGGACCCCGAAUAAUUGCUUCAAUAUUUCGGGUCUGUCAGUGCGAAAGCGGUUACGAGCUCGCGUCAACGCCCAAUAAAACCCCUCAAUAGAGAAAAAACAUUGCGACGAUUAUCUCGAUGGACAGCCAAGACGAACGUCCACAACUUACUGCUACUGUCAGAGCGCGACAGCAGCGGCGGAGUAAAUUGGUCAAAUCUCGGGAAAAUGCAUACGGGAUGCGAGUGUCAAGGAAGGUUAGAGAAAGAGUAAAGAGACAGAGGAGAGAAGACGUAUGAAGCGACGGAUGAAAACGUGGCGGAACAGCCGUGGUCGAGGUCGACAAUAUAGCCUAAUGACCAACACACGCAGGCACGCACACUCGCUCCCUCAUAAAUAUGUGUGUGUGCGAUCCUUCCUCGACACUUUGCAGGACAAAUUUGCCGGAAAAGACAGCGACCGCUAAAUCGGCAGAGCGAACAAUCGUCUGCUAACGAACUCACUCGCCACAUCUCGCAUUACGAAACACGAGUACACACACUAAAGGGCAUUGUUCGUUGGGAGCAAAGUAGGGAGGAAAGGACCGUUGGUUCUCCUGACGUCCGCAAACGUGGAGAAAUUAUCGAGGCACAAGGGUUUGGUCACUUCCGAACCGGCGGCGUAUUGACAGACUUAACGAACGAGCACUCGAUGAAUGAGGCAAAAGUACAAUUUUCCGGAUGGAGUCGAUCCCGUCAAACAGCGAUUGGUACGUUGGCUGCUGCGACGUCAAAUCGCACCGUUUCGAGGCAACGAAAUGACUAUUUCUGGCAGAAUUCAACAUCAUUUUUAUUCCCGAGAUUUUCCUGAAGCUUGACAACUUUCGAAAGCGAUUAUAAUGGUUCACAACGCAGGGCUUAAAAUGCCUCGAAACUCAUGAAAAUGAGGGGAAAGCGCGUGCUGGAACGCGAGGGAUUCCUCGGUAAGGAAUUGUCACGUUUUUAGGGACAAAUAUUUCCUUCGUUGACGCUAGACGACUUAUGAGUAUCAAAUAUUUUCAGCAUAUGUGAGCACAAUGAUUGCGCAACACGACAUGAACAUUUUAUAGUGCCAAAAUAGUUCCUUAAGACUUCGAACUA